UUUCGAUGACAGGUGCCAUGCACACCUCGGGGCCAAGAGCGACACCUCACAUACAAGCCAGCGUGUCUCCAAAUAUUCUGGGACUUAACACUAUCUCGCCCCACGAAAGUGACGUAAGAACAGGCUCCCUUCCUUGUUAAUGGCCCCGGGGGGGUGGGGUGUUUCAUGCCCUGUGCAACUGAUGCUUUUGUUUCUCUCCCUUCCAUCCCAGAUCAGUCAGUACGUGGUGGGGGGGCAGCUGUCCCCCAGCCUUCAGCCGCAGCCGUCCCCGCUCUUCCCCCCUCCCUCCUGCCACACGCAGCAGAUCUUCACCAUCACGCACAGCACGCAGCAGUGCAAUCCGGUGACCAUCUACAGCACCUCUUACGGCGCCCACCCCCACUUCUCUCAGCCCCGCCUGGCUCCUCAUGUAGCCCAAGAGCUGCACAACAAGCACUACCCCAAACCCAUCUAUUCCUACAGCUGCCUGAUCGCGAUGGCCCUGAAGAACAGCAAGACCGGCAGCCUCCCCGUGAGCGAGAUCUACGGCUUCAUGAAGGAACACUUCCCCUAUUUUAAGACGGCCCCCGACGGCUGGAAGAACUCCGUGCGGCACAACCUGUCCCUGAACAAGUGCUUCGAGAAAGUGGAGAACAAGACGAGCAGCUCCUCGCGCAAGGGCUGCCUCUGGGCCCUCAACCCUGCCAAGAUAGACAAGAUGGAGGAGGAGAUGCAGAAGUGGAAGCGGAAGGACCUGGCUGCCAUUCACAGGAGCAUGGCAAACCCAGAGGAACUGGACAAGCUGAUCACUGACCGCCCUGCCGGCUGCAGGAGGCCCGGAAAGCUGGCGGAGGCCGAAGCGUCCAUGCGCAGCCACGGGGCAGCGCCCGCUCAGGGCCACCUGCUUCAGGUGCAGCCCCAGGCGAUGGGGACGCUCUCCUUGCAGUCCGUCCGGCUUCACCGGCAGAUCCAGCCCCAGGCGUGCUUGGCCCCAGACUCGCCGGCCCCUGCACAGACGCCCCCCCUUCACGCUCUGCCCAGCCUCCACCACAGCCCCCUCCCUCAGCACCUGGUGAGCCGGGGCUCCGAUUUUCUCAACGUGAUGACUGACCUGAACAUGGAGGUGGAUGCCCUCGAUCCCAGCAUUAUGGACUUUGCACUCCAAGGGAACCUUUGGGAGGAGAAGGAGGACGACAGCUUCAACCUGGAGACCUUGGGGGCUUUCAGCAACUCUCCCCUGGCGCUCUCCGACUGUGACCUGGUGCCUUCCAGCCUGCCCCCUGCCCCCAGUGCCAGCAACCACUCCUUUGCAGACUUACAGGUGACGGGUCUCUACACAACCUACGCCACACUGGAUGCCGUCUCCCCCACGCAGUACCGGGGCCCUCAAGGGAACAAACCCAUCGCUCUGCUCUGAAAGCCCCACGACACUUGGACUGGGCCACCUUCUGCUCACAGCCCCCCCCCUCCUCUCCCCUCCCCCACAAAUGAGUGCCAGGCCUUGUGGGGGCCACGCUGACUGUGCCAAGACCGGGCCUCCUCCAUUUUCGGCCCAUCAACUGACGUUGCAAGACCACCUUAUGGUCUCAAGAAUCCUAAACAAAAGCAGACCGCAGGCAUAGGACGAAGCUCACCUUUUAAGGAAUCGGGUGGGAGUGAGCAGCUUUGACAUAGGCCCGAUUUUGUUACCGGACUGGUAGGAAACAUGCAGUU